AUGGCUUCAGAUACUUCAGUUAUGCGGGUCACCGACGAUAAUCUUGUGAGUUUAGGGUUUUUUGAAAUCUCAGUAAUGGGUUUUUUCAGGUUACAAGAAGGAGAAACGUCACUAAAGGAAUAGAAGAAAUCAGGGCGAAAAAGUCAGAAAUCGCUCAAGCACUGCGGGAUGUCGGUCAAGACGUCGAAAAUGAGGUUUCAUUCGGAAAAUAACUUUAAUGGUUAUUUGUUUCAGGACAAAAAAUCUUUAAUAAAACAGCUAGUAGAGGCGUUCGACGGGCUUACGACGCAGGAAAACCAGUACCUCGAAAUUCUUCAGGCAAUUGUGGUUGGUCUGAUUUUUGAAUUUUAAACAAAUUGAGUGGGUUUUUUUUUUCUUAAUUUUGCAUAUUAAUUUCGAGAGGCUUUUUUUCUUUCUCGUAUUAACUUUUUGGUGUGUCAUUUUUCAAUCAAUUACUUUCAAUUUUUUUUAAUUUCUUCCGGAAAAGUUUAGUAAAUUUCAGGAAUCAAAAAAAUUAUUAGAAACUGAGAAAAACUAGCUAUGAUUUCAAAUUUUGAAAAAAAUCCCUAUCUUUCAUUUCAAAGUUUAAGUUUUGGAGGCCCUUUUCUCGGAAGGAAAUGCAUGAAAAUUCCCUUCCUCAGAAGGUUUUAUAGAUUUUUUUUCGCUAAAACUUAAGAAUUAUUUUCUUCAUUUUUAAUUUGCCCAACGGUUCAGGUUCUCCGAGCUCAAAAAUUUGGUUCAUUUGAUCGUUUAUGUACAUCCGCGAAGAGUAGUUAGUGGAGAAUCGCUUAACUCAGUAUGAUCUUGGUAGUUCAAAAGUCAGUUCAAAAUCUCCUGAAUGCACUGAAGAACGAGCUCGCAGACUGGAAGUAUAAUAGAAAAAAAAAGACGAAAUCGAUAUAAUCGAAGAAUUGUGCAGGGAAUCCACGAGCAGGCGACUAAGGACAUUGCCGAAGACUACGAGCAGAAGAUCGCGGCCGACGAGGAGAAACUCCGAUUGAUCCGGGAGUCGCAGGCCGACGGCGCUUCCGAUGCUCCUGCUGACGAGGCAGACGGCGAUCCAGGUUCGGCCAGGAGUUUGUGACGUCAUCCGCUGAGACUUGGCAGACGUCCAAGAGCUGCGAGAGGCGCUUCUAGAGCUGAGAAAAGUCUCCGACGCGGCCGUCGCCGCAAGUGAACUCAACGACAAACUCGUCGAGCGGCUGCAACUUCACAAAAAAAAGGUGUUUUUGUCGAUUGUUUUGAAUCAUUUUCCUAGGGAAAGAUCAUUUCAAACUUGAGAUGCAGAGGGGUUCACAAGUAAUAUAAAUAUGAGGUCGUAUGCUCUAUAGUCUGUUCGGAUUUUGAAUGUCAAGAGCAAUGACGUCAUUCAAAAACGCUCAAAAACGCUCGCUCUCUAAUUGGUUUAUCGCACCAUUAAGGGGCGGAGCUUAAACGGUGACUUGAAAACCAAAAUCUGAAUCUGAACAGAUUAUAAUGGAAUCCGUAGCUUUUGAAGGUUUUUUCAUGACUCCUUCCCAUUAAAAGUUUUAUGAAAGUGGAAGUUUGAUUAAUUAUUUUAUUCUCUAACGAUGGGUAACGGAUUAAUGAGAGAUAUUGGACGGCUUUUUGCUGGGAAUAACAACAACUUGAAGUUAAACAGUCAAAAAAUCGAAAUUUAGAUACACGCAAAUCUGCUCGUUUUGCAUUAUCAGCUUGAAAAUACUGCAGGAAUUUACAAAUACCUUAAUUUUUCCACUUUUUUGCGGAAGAGAAUUGAGAAUUUAAUUUUCGAAGCCGGUGCUGAAAAAAGAAUAGUUCUCGGUUAAAAGAGGAAACGUCUUUUUUGAAUUAUAGGGAUUACAAGGAAAGUUAUUUUACUCUGCCGGUGAAAAUUUCUGGAAAAGGGGCCAGAAUAGCCAAAACACUUCUUUGGCACCAAAACUAGGGUCUGCAAGUCUCAACCUGCGCAAAUUUUUGAUUUUGGAGAAUGAAGUUCAACGCCCCAAAAUAGAUCAUUUUAACCGAUUUCGGAGAUUUCCUUUGGCCUUGAGAUGACCUUUUUCGAAAAAUAGAAAAUUGUGCAGAUUGAGACUGUCAGGAUUUUCAUCUGGUACAUCAAGGACCGGUCUAGGCGAUCGUCGGGAAACUCCAAACCGCAAAGUAGAAUUACCUUCCUUGUUAGGAGAUAUCUUUUAUAUGAUUUUCAAAAAUCUGUUUCACUGCUUUUCAGUUAAGUAUUAUUUUUUUCUUAGUGUUUUUUUAUAUUAACUUUUUCUUUGAUUCUCAAUUUUUUAAUCUCAGAAAAGCGCGAUGAUGGAGCUGAGAACGAAAAAAGCAAAAGAACUCGACGAAACGGCGAAACAAGUACGUGCCGAGGUCACCGAGAAGAUGCGCCGACGUCAGUUCCGAAUAUUUUUUUUCUAUUUAUUUUAUCACUAUUUUUAACUUUAGUGGCUACUGAGAAGUCGACGACAAUACAAAAGGAAAAAGAGCUGGAAGAGCUGCGGAAGCAAUGUCUUCGGCUGGGAAUCCAAUUAGGUCAAGAGGAAGAACAAAAGGUUGCUUCACAUUUGUUUUGAGAGAUUGUAUCUGAAUUCUGGUUGAUGCGCGUAGAAGAAUCUAAACAAGGUGUCUCUAGAGGGACCAUUGAUUUCUUUACGUUUUUUUUCCAAAGGAAUUUAUUCGUGGAACUGAUAAUAAUUCCAAUCAAGCUGUUUAGAAAGAAGAGACGAUUAAAGCCGCAAGUUCCGUGAUGAAUGGAAACCAGAGGAUCCCGCCCAUUUCUAAAGAAGAAGUCUGUUGAAUGCCCUUUUUUUCUAAUUAACGAGUUUUUUCACAAAGUAAUUCAUAAAUUCAUAAAUCAUUCCGUGUAAAAUCUUCAUUCCGUGUAAAAUCUUCACUCGAAGUGGUAGCUCUCAUUCUGAGGCUUCCACCUAGAGCACGGUCUCCGGGCUCCAGCACAACAUCCGCUACAUUCUGAGCUCGUCAAGGCGCAACUGGAUGGACUACGCGCAGAAGGACGAGGCGAAAGACCGUAAGACCAUGCUUUCAACUCUUUCGACUACACGUUUGGACUUCUAGCUCGCCAAAGGCGGUUGUUCGUUAUAGCUUUCAAAGUUCUUGUUCACCGCCUAGUCGAUACAUCUAUGACUAAACCAACAAAAUAAAUGAUUUGAUUGAUUGAUUGAUUGAUAAGAAAGCUUGCAAGGAAAAUUUUUUUUCAGAAUUUUCCUAAUUUCCAGGCGGCCCAACAGAGUGAAGAACAACUUGAGGAAAAACGGAAGCAGAUUCGCGAGAACAUCAGGAAAGAACGCGAAAGGUACAAUUUUCCUAAAGAUAUGGAGGAAAUGCGAAGAAAAGAAUCAAUUUGUUUUAUGAAAAAUCUGAAAAAUUCCUAUAAAAAGUUGAAUAAGAAUAGUUGUGCCGCGUGUGGAGACCUUUUGAGCAAAAAGAGUCUUGAAAAAUUUUCUGGUUCGAAAUGACGUGAGGUACAAGUACCUAACGUACAAUCUGUGAAAAACAAGCCAGCGAAAAAUGAUGAUAAAAAUCAGUCAAAAAAAACGAGCUGCGAUAGUUUAGCUUUCUACCGUAAAAUUUCAUAAAAAAAUGUCAUAAAAUAAAUAUAUUUUUCACUCUUUUUCGAGUCCUCUGUAUGAUCGUAUCGAAAUAGUUCGAAUAACUUUAAUUCUAAAAUCUGAUCAGUUUUUGCUCUAGCUCUUUUUUCCCUACCAUUUGAGGCGUUUCGAUUUCCAUCAACUUCAGCUCUCUCCUAUUUAAAAAUUUUCAUCUCAUUUUUUUAAAGUUUUUUCUUUUUCCAGCUCUUACUAUAUAUAAUAACUUUCGGUUUAGAAAUCUUUUAAUUGCAGCAUAUACUUGCAGUAGAUUUUUAAUUCGAAAUUCCUACGCAAAAGUUUUCUGUUAAAAUAGAAAAUGAGAAGAAAAAAUUUCGACUUUCGGUUUUUGGUAUACCUCUUUGGUUUUCGCUAGAGAUGAGUGGCAGAAGCGAAUUAUAGCGCGGUUGGUGUCAUGACUGAAACAAAAUUUGAAUAUUUUAUCGAUUUUAUCGUUCUCUGAAAGACAGAGGAUCUUUGAGAAGACAAGAGAGGAGUAGAGAAAAAGAGGACCAGUCGGUGGACUCGAAGGGCCCUCGGAAUCGCAUUUUGCGGCUCCGUUCUUUUUCCGUUUCUUUUUUUCUUUGUGGCUUUUCUUGAAAUCCUCCCUGUCGACUCUCGUAAUUAGAUGUGUUCUCCUCUUUCCAAGACCUUUUUUUUGCAGGAAAGAGGAGGUGAACGCGAUAAUUCGCGAGAAAUUGGCCGCGAUGGAGGCGAGGAAAAAACGGAUUAUUGAGAUACGCGGGAUGCUCCAGGACAAUGCCGCCAAGCAGACUCAAUGUAUAGCUUUCUUUCUUUUUGGAAUUUUAACAAAGUAAAUAAGUAAUUUGAUUUCCUUUUAUUAUAUUUAUGAUUUUUUUAAUUUUUUUAAAAAAAUUCUUCAGUUUUUUUAACUGGAUUGUUUUUUUGUGGAAAUCAUCUCAUUAUUGAUGUUGCCUAAAAAGUUGAAAAACAUAAAUUCAAAAUUUCUUUUCAGAUUUCAUAUCAGAAGUGAGAAUCAUGCGUCACAGUUCAAUUUUUUUCAGAAAAAGAAAAAGACUUUUUCUCAGUUUAGCAAUUUUUUUCUUAUUUGAAGAAAAAAACCGAAAUGUUAAAACACUAAAAAAAAGUUAGUAUGGAUAACUUGUUAUUUCUGCUCAGAUCUCAACCGAAGAAAAAAUUUAAUCUCAUUUUGUUCUGAUUUUUUUUUUUCUACAAAUAAAAAAAACCCUGCAUAGAAUUUUAAGUGGUAUCUUCACUAUUUCUAGCCAUUGUCUUUUCCGUCAUUUAACUUUUGAUGAAACAUAAACGAACUGUUGUAUUCUUCACAGGUCAGCAAUUUUGAGUUAUAAAGAAGAAAAUGUGCGGAAUGACUUGCUUCAGAAGACGGAUCGUUGACUCAUGAUUGAAAAUAAAGUCGAAAAGUACGCGCAAAAAAUGAUUUCAGUGACAUCUGGAGGGACAACGGGAGAAGAGAACGCGUCAUCUGGCAGUACGGAACAGCCGGCUGCCGAGGAGAACGAACAGGUCGAAGAGAUCAACCUCGACGAAAUCAUCACAAACGCCAAAGCCAACCUUCAGUUCGUUUUUAUUUUCAGCACUUUCAUUCUGAGUCAGUGUGGAAAUCAGAGUAUUCAUGAAAAAAAAAUGGAUUUUGUAAUAUGAGAAAAACAGCAUGAGAAAAGAAAUCCUAAAUGUCUACAGUCAUCGAGUUAUUUUUGUGAAAAGCUUGCCGCUAUAGAAGUCACUUUCUUGCAUUGUUCUCAUUCGUCUUCACCGACUUUGAUGAGUUUGAGUUUUUCCAAAACAUAUGUGAUAUUUUUUGGUCAUAAUAUUGUCAACAAAUCCGCUACUACAGAAUUUCUAGAUAAUUUUUUUAAUAACCCUCAUUUAAAUUUUGCUACGAAAAUAAAAUUGGAGUUUCUAUUAGCGAGAAAGAAGCAAGGAAAUUUUCAUAGAGGAACAAAAAAAUUUGGCUUUGGAGCUUUUCAAAGAGAAUCCUCCAAGUAUUUUGGAAUUUUCGAUACUUUUCCAUUCCAUUGGCCCCGGUACAGAGUACGGGCUUCAAUUAUUUCUUGGCGCUUGCCUCAAACGCCAUUCGAAGCCUUUGGAAAAGACUGGUGCUCGGGGGAAUUCCACGUCGACGGAAUACGGCUUCUUCCUUUCUAAUUAGUGUUGUUAAAUACGUGCCAAAGUUGUGCUCGAGCGCUGGAGUUAGAAAUCUCGAAAGACCGCUCUCCUCUAGUCUGGAGUUUGAAUCCAAAGGCAUGGGAUGUCGAAUCUUGUCGGUUUGAGAGCCUUUCCAACAUCUUUUAUAAACAAUAUUUGUGAUUUUAAAAAACGAGUGGCCGAAAUAUUGAGACCUAUUCAAAGAUAACCUCGUGGUAGUGGUUGUUUAACAAACAGGAAAUGAAAUGAGGAAUAAAAAGAGGAAAUAUGAAAAUUGGGUACAUAUAUGGGCAGGUACAGAACUCUUCCAACCCUUUGGAAAAUUAGGGAAUAAAAUCAAGUUUCAACCUCCGGGAGUUAGUUUUGACUACAAUAAUACAAGUUUUAGCCUCAGGGAGGUAGUAUUAAUUUUUAUUUGGGAAUAGUAGUCGGCCUUCAAGAAUGUUCUGCCUAUGUAUGACUGAGCCCGGAAAGAACCAUUUAUAACUUGCAGCUCUCUAGGUUAAAGAGAACUGCAAAAAUAUGUUUUUUUCUAUCAUCUGGUUUUCAGGAACCUGACGGCGAUGCGGGAACGUCUUCAGGAGAUGCAGACGAACGGAGGGCCGCUCAGCGCCGACGACGUCGAACUCAUAGAGAAUCUCGAGAGGCAACGGCUCAACGAGGAAAUGGACGAGAACGCCGCCGUUGACGAGGUUCCCUUUGAAUUUCCUGUUCUUUUUAUCCUGCUUGUUUGCAGUAGACCUUUCUUAAAAGUACAGAACUGAGUGAAAAUCUAACGAAAAACAAACUGAUUCAAUUUUGUUUAAAUAUUUUUUGACGAAACUAAGCCUUCUGCAUGCUUUUCUUUGUGAGGUAUCCAGUGUGUCUUGUUUGAAUUUACGAAAAUUUGUUAUUACUAGAGUUCUAUGUUCAUUUCUCGUCUCAAACUUCACUUUUCCAAGAAGACUCUACUUGAGAAUUUGAUGAAUCUUUGCAAAAGAUACUUUGAGGUCUUCUGUAUUCAGAGCAUAUGGAAAACUUCUUUAUUUUCACAUAUAAGUCGAGUUAUGGCGCCUUGAAGUUUACAUGCUAAAAGGAAAGGUGAGUUCAAGGAUCAAUCUCUAUAAAUGUUGAGGCGCCAUAACUCGGCUUCAAGGCAAAAAUCUGCAAAGUUUCAUCAAUAUUUUUUUGAGAUUCAGCGGGAUCCAAAUUUCUAGGCUCCAGCCUAUUGGACCUUUUUAUUUUCAUUUUUGGGGACUCUUAAAGAGGGAAUGGAUUUAUAGUCUUCCUGCGAAGGCAUUUUUUAGAAUACCUCAAGAAACGUUUUCUCUAUCAGAGAACAUCGCAAUCCCGUUUAUCCAUUUUUUUUUUCAAAUCCAAAGUUCGAUCAACUGUCCUUAUCAGCUUUUUUUCACAACUUGCAUUGCUUAUAUGAAAAAAGUUCUAUAACAUUCAAAGUGAACAAAUAAGAUGAGAUAAGAGAUAAGUUUUCCGAUGGUUUCAAUGAACUCAAGGUUUGAAAUUUUCCUCGUAAUCUAAAGAUCUAGUACUUGUAUCAAUUAGUUUUUUAUCAUUCAUAGUGUCACGUUUUUUUUUUUGCGAUUUGAGUGUUUUUCGAGUGGUUUCGUCUAUUCCGAGAAGGAAGUCCAAAACUCGACGCUCCGCCGCCCUGCGUGACAUUAAUUAAGAUUUUGUUCCAGUUUUGCUCAUUGAUUUUCGCCUCUUGGAAGGACGUCGAAAAAAAUGGCUAUGGUGCAUUAUUUGCAUGUGGGUGGAGUCGUUAACUCGCAGCGGAAGCAGCUGUUUUUCGAAGAAUUUUCUCGGCAUGUCGUGGACUUUCCGUGGAACUAACCCAACAACAAUAGUUGUUCACUCUCGGUCACACUCAGAUCGAACAACAAGUCCGACUGAGCUUUGCAAAUGCGACCGACGCUAUGGAUGCUGUUCGUGCCGAAAGCCGUCGACUUCUCGUCCAGCUCUAUUCGGAGGUGUGCAGAGAAACCCCUUUUGGAUUGGACGUUGCAAAAGAGAAGCCUUUCAGAGAGAACUAGCCGACAGAGACUUUUCCAUCUGUCGUUUAUUUCAAAAAUAGGAAAACUGGCGAGCAGAAUAUAAAAGCUUCGCGUGGAUGGCCACAUAAAAAUUUAACACAGAAAAUCAAGCUCAGAAAACUAGUCUGGUUUUUUCGGAACGCCUAAUUCAUUUUUUCUAUCUUUGGGAAUUUAGAUUUCGGCGUGAUAUUUAUCCAUUGAGAAAAAUAUAUAUAUUCACGCGAUGACUACGAGCUAGAUUCUAGAAGAACUUUUUGAUUAAAAAUUAGACCAUUUUUGUUGGUUGGCCCGCAAAUUUGCAAGACGGCUGUAAUGAAAUUACCAGUCCUAAUUCUUUGGGCUCUUUUUCGAAAAUUUUUAUGGGGGUCAGUUUCUUUAUUUUGUGGCUUAGGAUGCGUCUAUACUAGAUUCCAACGCUGAAAUAGAAUCAUAUGAAUACUCGGAACAUUAGUGAGUUGAGUGGAAAGGUUUUGCGCUUUCCAUUUUACUGGAGAGUCCUUAUGGACCGACUUUGAAUGCGUUAAAAGGAGUGUGAACUCUGUGGAGUCCGAAAAACACCAGAGAGAGAGCUCCGUUCGCUCCUAAUGUGUUUUUUUUUCCUUUUUUUGACUCGGAGACGCGCCUAUUCGCUGGCGCGGGUGUUGCGACGUGCGACGACGAAUUGAUCAGUCUGCAGCAGAGCACAUGUGUGCCGGCGAGCUCUCGCCAUUUGCCUCGAGGCGGCGGCUGGGGGCGUGGUCCGUGGAGCCAGGCUCGAAGGCGGUGCCUCUCUUUGCUCCACGCCCUCUCAUUUCACUCACUCUCACUAUGUUCCCGAGCACUCAAUUGCCUAUAUGUUUGCCAGUUGCCAACACGACGAGCGGCGACACCAUCCCAAUUGUCACCUCUUCUUGCUCUUCAUCAGAGACUAAUCACGACGCCGGCCGACCUGAAGCGAGCUCUCGGUCAGGCUCUGAUAAGCCUUGCCGACGAUCCGACCAACGGCGACCAACUCCUGCCACUGCUGCUGAAACUGUACGCCGAGGUAAUCUGUGUCCGUCUCUGACUGUCUUCUACUCUUUCGCGUGAUCUUUUUGUGAUUUCAAGAAGUCUUAUCGCCAGUUAAGUGAAUGCUUUGCCACAGUCUUAGAUCAAGUAAGCUGUGCGAAGAUUCGCUUAGGCUGGAGAGAGAGACCGAUGUUAUGUUUUUUUCCUCGGAAUAUUGUGUGGGAUUCCUUUCCCCUUCUCUCUCUCUCUCUUUUCUCCUUGGAAGUAUAUGCCGAAGGUGUGACUUGGACUUGCAUUUGACUUACUCGCUAUCGAUAAAGCUUUUCUCUCUUUUCGCGCCGUGGAGUCUUCUCGGGCGCUCCGUUGCUGUGGUAAUACGAUCGAAGCGCCGUUUGAGGCAACCGAAAAUUUGUAGUUUCUCGCUCGCCCUUGUGCUUUCGAUAAAUUAUGAUGGACCUCUCGAUGGAAAUGUUAUUAGUACUCCAACUGAAAAAUCGAUGGCCUUUUCUAUAGAAAAAAAAAACAAGUUUUUAUUAAAAAUUUUCAUCAUUUAUGUGUUCUAUAUUUUUUUUUCAUUCUCUAGGACCGUAGUCCCGGAAGAUUAAAAAAACUUGGACAAAAUUUACAUUUUUUUCAGUUCAGCACAAUUUUUUUGUUGAAGAUUAUGUUCUAGAAGUUCAAAUGAGAAGCUCAUAAUAAAAAAAAGUUCUGAUGCAAAAGUAAGCUUAUCUAUAUCAAAAUAAGUAGUUUACGGCGGUCUUAUUUGCGGCCACACCUUCUCACAGUCCGAAAAGGCAUCUUAACUGAGUUACCCUAAUAAUGAAUGUUCUGCGGUGAUUGAGCGCAGGUCGUGCAGCAGACGACAGUUGAGGGGAACAGAAGAGGAUUCUUUAUCGUUAGUUUGACGAGAACGGACGACGGCUCGAGUGUGUGGCGAGCAGUUGUUGCCGCCAAGUAUCGCGUGUCCGGAGGUUGUAAUGCGACGGUCCACGGAGCUCUUCUUGGAAGUUGA